UCUGCAUGCUAAUCUGUAUCUCAUCCAUCACACUGGCCAGCCAGUAACCACAGCGACCACGAAGAGGCAGAUGCCAGGCAUGGCAUCCAGCAAGGGUCUUCUUGUGUUCGCUCUCCUGCUUGCUGCUGCUAUCCUCGUAGCCUCGACUGACGAACACCCUGAGGCCAAGAAGGAAGAGAAUGAAGCCGGCGUAAAGAACUUCUUCCACUUUGGCGGAGGCCACCACGGGCACGGAGGCGGCGGGGGAGGCUAUGGCGGAGGUGGAGGAGGUUACGGCGGCGGCGGAGGCUACGGAGGAGGUGGUGGAGGUUACGGCGGCGGCGGCUACCCAGGCGGCGGAGGAGGCUACGGUGGCGGUGGCGGCUACCCUGGCCACGGUGGGGAAGGCGGAGGAGGCUACGGUGGCGGUGGCGGCUACCCUGGCCACGGUGGGGAAGGCGGUGGAGGCUACGGCGGCGGUGGCGGCUACCCUGGCCACGGUGGGGAAGGCGGUGGAGGUUACGGCGGCGGCGGCUACCCAGGCGGCGGAGGAGGCUACGGUGGCGGUGGCGGUGGCCACGGCGGAAAAGGCGGCGGAGGCUACGGCGGCGGCGGAUGUCACUGGGGCUGCUGCGGGCACGGGCUCUUCCAUCACCAUGGCUGCCGCUGCUGUGCGCGCGCGGACGAGGUUCCGGAGCCCAUGUACCGGGCGCCGGCGGAGGUCCGCAACUGAGCACACGAUCGAGACGAAAUGCAGCCAUGCAUACGUACGUACGUACGGUAGGCAGUACUGCCCAGUGCCUACCUGCGUCGAACUCUACGUGCAUGCCGUUGCUCUGCACGCCUACGUGCAUAGUAAUUAGUAUUAAAUUACUAAAGUAAAUAAACAUGGUCCGUGGUGAGCAAAGGGAAGGUGCAUAUAUGCGUGCGUACGCAUACGUACGUGCGCGUUGCACGGUGACCUUGUAUAGAACACAUGCAUCGCCUCCGUGUUCUUGCAAGGUUGUAUGCAUGUCCUGUAUGAAGACCCCCGUUUAUCUGUUAUCGUGGAAUGAAAUCACAUGCAUUGGCCCGAUGCACUUAAUUC